UCUCUCUCUCUCUCUCUCUCUCUCUCUCUCUCUCUCUCUCUCUAUUCUAGAAAAGAAAACCUGUAGAAAUAGUAGAAAUCUAACCUAAAGCUCACACUUUCUCAAAAGAACAAAGCAGAAACGAUCUAAAACCAGACUUUUUAUUUCUCUACUAAGUUUAGCUAUAGCAUAUAUAGUUCUUGAUCAGUGGUUUUUUUUCCCUUCUCUCUCUCCCUUGAUCUCUCUGAUCAUCUCUUUCUCCAUGUCAAAUGAUCAUCAAGAAAGCACUCAUGAUCCACACCGGCCGUACAAUAAUGACCCUUUCACUUACAACACCCACGACUUCAUCGACCGUUUCCCAUUCCUUAACAACUACAUGAACAAUUCAUCUAUAUUCUACACCCAAUAUCCCAACAGUAAUAGUAAUAAUUUGGACCCCAAUUCCUACUUGAGCUAUGCCGACUGCCUCCAUGGCAGCUCCAUGGAUCACUACAACACCCUAUCCCGAGCCUUCGACAUGUCGUGCGCCGCCUCGUCGUCGGACGUCGUUUCGGCUGCUCAGAUCGACCACCCUCACGACAUCGACAGCACUGCUACUACUGCUCCUGCUGCUGCUGCUGCUGCUAAUAAUAAUCUGUUAAAGGUCGCCGCCGGGGUGGGGGAUCAGUCGGCGGGUACUAGCGAGAACCCGUCCACGCCGAAUUCCUCGAUAUCUUCCUCCUCGAACGAAGCUGGCGCCGUGGUGGAAGAAGAUUCGGGUAAGAGUAAGAAGCUGGAAGAGGAUAAGAUGCAGCGUAAAGAUCAGUCUGAUGAUCAAGAUGGAGAUGAUGUUGAAGACAAGGGUGCAUCAAAGAAAGUGACAAAGACUAAAAAGAAAGAGAAGCGGCAGAGGGAACCACGGUUUGCUUUCUUGACUAAGAGCGAGAUCGAUCACCUUGAAGAUGGAUACAGAUGGAGAAAAUAUGGACAAAAGGCUGUUAAAAAUAGUCCUUAUCCAAGAAGCUAUUACAGAUGCACUACUCAAAAGUGUACCGUGAAGAAGCGUGUUGAGAGGUCAUUCCAAGAUCCCUCAAUUGUGAUCACAACAUAUGAAGGGCAGCACAACCAUCACUGUCCCGCCACACUCCGUGGCAGUGCGGCAGCCAUGUUGUCGCCUUCCCUUUUUGCGUCGGCGGCUGCAUCCGUGGGGCCAGCCCUGCCAGUACACGACUUCUUCACUCAGUUUCUCCCCAUCAAUGCCAAUAAUAAUCAUCAUAAUCAUAAUCAUAAUCAUAAUCAAGGUGAGGCCAGUUCUAUUUUAUACUCAAACCUCUCUCAGCAGUACCGCCAACAGCUUCAAGUUCCUGAUUUUGGCUUAUUGCAGGAUUUAGUUCCUUCAUUUAGUCGUCACAAGCAAGAUCCAUGAAAAUCGAUCCUCCAUGUGUAGGGAGAAUAUAUAUACAUAAUAUAUAUACCUACAUAUAUAGUAUAUGCAUGUUUUGUUUAAUAAUUAU